CUUUGUGCCACGAUCGACGCGCGUGCUUUUUGAUCAGAAAUUAAAAAUAAGUUUAUUUUAAAGCGGGAAAUCGUGCCAGAUUUUCGCCCUUUAUCUUAGGAAAACAAAUACAAUUGAAAAUUUAUAAAAUUACGCUGUAGAUCAGUGAUUUUCUCAGUUAAAAGUAUAAUACGCAAUUUCUUGGAAUAGUUCCGUUAGUCAGCCAUUUUCAUUCUCGAUCUCCAUUCAUUUUUUGGCUGCCUUUGUGAAAAGUUAAUUUUUAAUGCCCGAUUUCGGCGGAAUGGCUAGAGUGUGCGUGUUAUGCGGCAAAUCGGCCGGAUUGAUGUGCCAGCGAUGCUGGGAAUCGUAUUGCAGCGUCGUUUGCCAGACUGAGGAUUGGCAGCGACACAAGGCUUUCUGUAUCAUUAUGCCUCCCUUGGUGGCCUGCAGAGAUAUCCGGACACCGAUGGCGAAGCAGCAGGCCGAUGCUGUAACUCCUGCGAUAGCUGAGACUAAACCCAAUAAGACCCCUAAUACGCCGGACGCUCCUGUGGUGGUGCCCGUUUUGCAGCCCAAGAACACGGAGGAACAACGCUCCACAAACUGGCGCCAGCACCAGCUGCCUGUCGGCGAGGAGUUUUUUGAGUGUCGUGUAACCUCUAUGGAAAAGGAGGGUCCUUUUUGGGUGCUGCACUUAGAUAAUGUGGACAGCAUGGAGCGAAUGCACCACAGUAUGCAGCGUCUUCUGCAGAAUGGAAAGCUGACUCUAGCCGAGAACAUUCAGCUGGACUCCCUGGUGAUCAUCACGGCUGACAGUAAAGUUCACCGGGGUCAGGUCCUAAGCGUCGACAGCGCGACCAAGGAGGCUGAAAUUCGUCUGAUUGACGUCGGAUCAGUGCUCACAAUUCCCCUUCGGGAUAUCUAUGCCCCCGUUUCAAAGAUGGCCGAGCGCAAGGCCUAUGCCUUCCGCGUGAAACUGCCUACAAAUACCGGCGUGCAAGUAAACAAAAACCUAUCGCUUCGACUAUUGGGGACUCGCACCCACGAGGGCAUUUACCAGGUGCAACUAAAGCCCAAAAUGACCAUACCAUUGGGCCUGCCCUUGGAGAUGCUGCAGCUCAAUCCAGAGGUCAAGGUGAUUCGGAUAUUUGACUGCAAUGCUGAGCAGGACAAAGUAAACCAUGUGGCCCUGCUGCAGAUCAACGUGUUGGAUUACAUCGACAAGGAUUUGAAUGAUUGCCUGGCAGGCAAGCCGGGACAGCCCUUUUCCGGUCCCUUUCCGGAGGGGAAGACCACUUUCUAUGUGGCCUCUCGCUCUUCAAACGGCAGCUUCCGGCGAGCCUUUCUGCUGGACCUAAUUGAGAAGCCCACUCCCAAGUUCCUCGUCUAUGAGAUGGACCACGGCCGCGUCUCCAUUACCAACGAAUUGACUCGCAUUCCCAGCGAGUUACUGGGCCUGCCCAUACGAGUUUUUGCCGUUCAGCUGGACGACUAUGUGCCCCAAUCGCUUUUGCACGAGCACGCGGAUCUUGCAGUCAAGUUCAAUAUGGACAUCCUGCCGCGAAAGGAGACAACGCUGCGCAGCGCCGAUGCCUCCUUGCUGUGCAAGGGUGAGCAGAUUUGCGUGGCUCGCUUGAGUACAUUCAUGGGUCAGGUCUGCGACCUGGGACACAAGUACUGGCGCGAGCCCAUCGCAGACGGCGCCUUCGUGUUCAUCAGCCACGUCGAGAGCUAUAAGGAAGUGUUCAUCAGCUCCAAGCAAAGCAAACAGUACGUGGGAAUCUUCAAGAGCCUGGCAGCAAAGUGCGAGGCCUUCGAGGACUCCAGCAAGGUACCAAUUGGUUCAAUCGUGCUGGUCGUUUCACCAAGCUUGGGUCAUUUUCGUGGAGAGGUAUCUAGUGUUGAAGACGGUCUUUUCGAGGUACAAAACGUCGAUACGGGCGCCAGCCACAAACUAAAGCUAUCAGAGCUUCGCAAGUCUUGCCGAUUCCUAGAAAAUCUGCCUGUGAGCCUUAUGCGCAUCCAGCUAAAUACUAUCUGCACUAUUCAGGAGGUAGCUGUACCGGCAAAUAACUCAGCCACCCCCAUGCUGGAGGUUCUUUGCGCUCAGAAGGAGGAAUUAAGUCUUCGGAUGGUUGAUAAGAACACCGCCACUGCGGAUCUCUUGUUUAGCUCGGGUGAACAGCGCUCGUUAGCGAAUCGAAUGGUGCAGCUUAUAUUUUUGCCAAUACCGGGAAGCCCAAAUUCCGAUGCGGCAUCAACCUCGUCGGAACCGAUUUUGCCUGAUGUAUCAGCAGCAUUGCCUCCAUCUCCGCCAAACUCACCUGACCAGGUGGAGGCCCAGCCUGUUAAACGUUUCUAUUUCAAAGAUCUGACCAAAAAGCUUGUCCCUUUGGGCGACAAUGUCGACAUCAUGACACUAAGUACAGAGGAAUUGCGAAACUCAGGCUACAUCACCGCCCUCCACUUCGAGUCGGAGUCGGAUGCCGAAAACUUUCAGAGUUCGUUGAACUUGGUGGCCAGUCAUGGUGAAUGCGCCCACAAUGUGGUCGUCGACUAUGUGCCUUGCAUUGGCGAAGUAUGUGCAGCUUGCUAUUCUGGGGACAAUGUAUGGUAUCGCGGGGUUUGCCAAGAGAUAAAGGACGGCUCAGCUUUAAUAUUCUACUACGACUUUGGCAAUACGGAAUACGUGGACUUUAAAGAUCUAAAGCCGUUGAACAGCAAUCUAUUGCACGUCAUCUACGCCACCAAGUGCUAUAUAGAUGAUUUCCUGUUCCAACCAUUUCGCAAACCAAAACGCGUUCGCACCGCCUUCUCCCCGACGCAGUUGCUCAAGCUGGAGCAUGCCUUUGAGGGCAACCACUACGUGGUGGGAGCUGAGCGCAAGCAGUUGGCCCAAGGACUCAGUCUGACCGAGACGCAGGUCAAGGUUUGGUUCCAAAACCGCCGGACCAAGCACAAGCGGAUGCAGCAGGAGGGCGAUGGAAGCGACACCAAGAGCAAUAAGGGCAGCUCCUCGGGGGGCGGAGGCGCAGGCGAUGGCGAGGAUGACGGCAAGCACGAUGGCUCUGGGUCGCCGCACAGCUACGAGGACGCCGAAGAUCCGGAGGAGGACGACGAUAUCGAGGAGGACGACGACGAGGACGAAGUGAUCGACAUGGACGACUAUGGAAGCGAAAUUGAUGCGGAGGAGCAUCAGCGACUUCGGGAACAAUUCCAGCAGCAGCUGGCCCAGCACCAGCAGCAGUUCCUCCAGCACGGCGGCGGGGGUGCCGCGUCCCCUGUCGCCCUCAGUCCACAGCAGCAGCUGAUGCAGCAACAGCAUCAACAGCAACACUUCCUGCAGCAGCAGCAGCACCUCUACCUAAGGGAGCUGGAACGUGAGCGGGAAAGGGAUCGGGAUCGGGAUCGGGAUCGGGACCGCGACAGGGACCGUGAGCGCGAGCGGGAAAAGCAGUAACUGAUUAAGUUUGCC